GGAGCCAGGGGCGGACUGACCAUUUGGAAACUCUGGCACUGCCCGAGGGCCCGGGGUCAGUAGGGGGCCCCAUGAGAUGCCCCUGGUACCUUUUUCAUAGGCUUUUUUGAGUUUGGGCAAGGACACAGGGGCCCCAUGAUCUCCUAUUGCCCGGGGCCCCCAUGAGUUGUCAGUCCACCCCUGCUUGGAGCCAUAAUGGUAAUGGCCUCAUCACAUAUUGGAGACAAUCUCUACAGCUGCUAAUCUGCAGGGAAAGGGGCCCCUAUGAGAUACCCCUGGUACCUUUCAUAGGCUUUUUUGGGUGUGAUUUGAGUGUGGGCAAGGACACAGGGGCCCCAUGAUCCCCUAUUGCUCGGGGGCCCCAU